AUGGCACUGUGGCCGCUGCGGGUCUAUUCCCGCAAGAAGAGGGCGGGCCAGAGGCUCAACCUGACGCCGGCGCCGGACCGAGGCCCGCCCGAGGCGGCAGAGGCCCUCCCGGGCCGCAGAGGACAUGGCAGAGCCCCGGGGCUGCGGAAGAUCGCCGAGAAGGCCGAGCACAGCGGGCAGGGCGGGCGCAGCUCGGGGCUGCCCAGCUCUCACUUAGGAGUUUCAGGAGAGAAGAGCCUGCGAGAAAGUAGCACUAGUGAAGAGGAGACUGAGGAUGAGAAGAUGGCUCCAUGGAGCGAUUCAAUGGCUGAUGAUCUCCAGGUUGACAGUUCAUCAGCUAGUGAACUAGUAUCAGGAUCAAGUUUGCAGCAUGAUAUUUCUAGCUCUCUUCUAAGCUAUUCAAUCACAGAUUCUUCUACAGAAUGCAAGGGUUUUGAAGAGAAUUUAAGUAGCUUUCCAUCACCUGAACUCUUCAGAGGAUCAGAUUAUUUAGAUUGGGAGCAUCCCAAGUUGGAAGAAUACAUGCAAUGCAAAAAUUCUACUCUUCUGGAUACCAGUAAAGCAGUAGCAAUAGAGAAUGCACCACAGUUUUCAAACCUCUCUGCAAUUUUAGAUAAUGCAGCUUGUGAAGUACUUGCUGAGAAAACUUACCCUUUAACAUCUGAAAAAACAAAGAAAAAAAACACAAAUCCCACUAUUUCUGAUAAGAAAAACAGAGGCCUGUUAACAAGUACUCCAACUUCGCAAACAGCUGAUUUAGAGAUUGAUCUGUCCUCAGUACAAAAAUCAUCUUUCGAGGAACUAGUUCCAAAUGUCAGCAGCUGUGUUAAUUCAGAUGAAAUUGUUCCUGUGUCAAGUUCCCAAGAAAAUUCUUCAAAUGAGGUUCCUUUAAAUAAAUCAAAAAUAUGUUGUAUUAUUAGAGCAUCACCAGGAACUAGACAAUUGAAAAGUAAAGGUGUUAUUGUAAAGAAGAAGAAAUAUUCUCUUCCUAAAGAUAUUCCUCAAGAUAUUAUAAUAAAAACAAAUGGCAGGAUGUAG